ACCGGAUUACCAGACCAAAGGUUAUAUGCGUGAUUGAAAUAUGACAUUGGUUAUUCCCCUUUUCCGAGCGAGGGAGGUUACGUCCAUGGCGGAAGAAUCCGAAGACACUUGUGCUGCUAAUAAAGCGGGUGGAGUAACCAAGAUGCAGAAAACAAGUGACAUGGAAGAAAGGGAAGUGGGUCCAUGGAUCGAGGUUAAGGUCCUCUUCUUUGCAAGAGCUCGUGAACUUACAGGAUUGACAGAUAUAUCUCUUCUAAUGCCACCACAAAGCACAGCCCGAGACUGUAUGAGUAAGCUUUUAAAUAACUUUCCGAAAUUAGAGGAAAUAUAUAACUCCAUGGUUUUGGCACUGAAUGAAGAGUAUGUUCCAGAAUCAACAGUUUUGAGGAACAGAGAUGAGUUAGCAAUUAUUCCACCAAUUAGCGGAGGCUAAAUAACAUUACAGGAACAAAUGAUUAGAUGGAGCCCAGAAUAGCAGGGUUAUGGUUUAAGAGGCACCGGCUACAAAUUAAGCCCUGAAGGAGAAAGACCUGUAUGAUGUGAUGACAAAAGUUAUUGUGAAUAUCCUUCUCAACUUCCCCGCUUCGGAAGAAGCAACACGUGCCUCCUAAGACCAGCUACAUGGUUUUUGCUGUGAGAAUAUUAAUCACUAGUAAUUUUCUUCUUAUGCAAAUGAGGAUGCGGCUAAGUUUACGCCAUAAUCUCCCCAGAUGUGAUGUAAACGAAGUUUUUUGGGACCAAGCAAAGCCGGUAAUUAGUUUAUUACCAAAUAAUUACUUCGUUUGUAUGUUAACUUAAUUAUCAUAUA